GGCUCGGGCAGCGGGACCGGGUGGGACUGGCCGGGCGUCGUAGCGGCGGCGACUGCGAGCCGAGCCCGGAGAAUGGCAGGGGCUGGAGUCGCUGCGGAGGCUGCUGCUGGUUUCUCUCCUUCGCCGCCUCCUCGCGCCCGCCGGGAACUUUUCCUAGCGGCUGGUGGCGGCGCCUCCCCCCGGUGGUGGCGGCGGCGGCGGCUGCUGCGUUUGGCGGUGCCUCCCGGGCCGGGGCUGGGGCUCCUGGGGCUGGUUUUCUCUCGUUUCUGCUGCAGUGCCUUAGCUGGACCGGUCGUUGAUCCACAUGUGACAGCAGUUUGGGGGAAGAAGGUUGCACUGAAAUGCGUAAUUGAUGUAAAUGAAACAAUAACACAAGUUUCCUGGGAGAAGAUAGAUGGUAAAAGUUCACAGACUAUUGCUGUUCAUCACCCUGAAUAUGGAAUAUCUGUUCAAGGAGAAUACCAAGGAAGAGUGGCAUUUAAAAACUACUCACUUACUGAUGCAACAAUCAUCUUAAAAAAUGUAAGCUUUUCUGAUGCAGGAGAAUAUGUUUGCAAGGCAGUUACAUUCCCACUUGGAAAUACACAGUCAUCAACAACUGUAACAGUAUUAGUUGAACCUGUUGUGAGCUUAAAGAAAGGACCAAACCCUCUAAUAGAUGGUGCAAAUAGGACAGUAGCAGCCACUUGUACAGCAGCCAUUGGAAAACCUGCUGCGCAGAUUGACUGGGAAGGAGGCCUUGGUGAAAUGGAAUCCACCUCUACUUUGUUUCCAAAUGAAACAGUGACAAUUGUAAGCCACUAUGUGAUUGUCCCAACACGAUUUGCUAGAGGAAGACACAUAACUUGUGUUGUGAGGCACCCCACCUUUGAAAAGGAGAUGCGAUACACUUACGUGUUGGACAUACAGUAUACCCCAGAAGUUUCAGUAACUGGGUAUGAUGGAAACUGGUUCAUUGGAAGAGGAAAUGUUCAGCUCAAAUGUAAUGCCGAUGCAAAUCCAUUACCUAUGGAAUUCAUGUGGACCAGGUUGGAUGGACAGUGGCCUGAAGGAUUGUUGGCUGUUAACAAUACUCUGCAAUUCAGCAGCCCUUUGACUUAUAACUACACUGGGACUUAUAUCUGUAAGGUCACUAAUGCUCUUGGUCAGAAAAGUGAUCAGAAGACUAUCUACAUAUUAGAUGUGCCCUUUAAGCAGACAUCUUCUGUUGCUGUAGCAGGGGCUGUGAUUGGAGCAGUCCUUGCUCUUUUUAUCAUUACCAUCUUUGUGACAGUGCUGCUGACCCCAAGGAAGAAAAGGCCAGCCUAUCUUGACAAAGUGAUUGAUCUUCCACCCACUCACAAACCAGCCUCAUUUGGAGAGAGAACGUUGUCAGUGCCACAGAAAGAAGCUAUGCUUCAGGGGUAGCUUCUUGUCAUCUGAAGUAAUGCUGUCCAAGCAAGACAACAAUAGGCAAGAAACUUCUUUACCAGCAUUUAAUGUUUGUGUGGGUGUAGUCUGAUCAAACCAACUUUUAGAGGUUGCACUGGAAAGCUGAUUCUAGCAAAUGAAACACUUUGAGUAAGUGGGGAGCAAGGAAGGGUAGGUUCUUCCUUACAGCACGGUUUUGAAGUUGACUAGAGUGCUUGGGAAACCCCAGGUGAAUUCAGGCUUCUCUUGCACUAGGCAUUGUAGAGGAGACCUGUUCUUGAGAGGUUACUUAAGCUAAUGUCAGUUAUAGAUCCUUGCCAUGGCCCCUAAAGUCUCUUGUGUAUGUGUGUUUAUAUUACAUGAAUCAGUCAGAUUUUUUUAGAUUUCUGCUUACGUUGAAGAAAAUUUCCGUCAUCUAUCAGUAUUUGUAAGAAUUAGAUUGUAAUUGUUUUUAAUAAAAUUUUUGUUCCAUCCUCAGUACAUACCAUAAAUAAUGUGAUUCUAAGCACUGAUGUGCCAAAUCAUAACACUGAGCUAAUUAAAAUAAUAAUUUGUUUAUAAGAAAUAAGAAAUAUCAUUUUUCCAAUACUAUGAUGUAUUUUUGCAAUUUUAAGGACCUAUAAAAGUCCUUUCUCAUAGAGGGGGAAAAGGGGGAAAAAUCUUCACCUACCUUUAAGAAAGAUUUUGAUGGACUUCUUAAUAACAUUGAAAAUAUUCUUGUAGAUUUUCUUUGUGAUUGAUGGUUACUAAAGUUCAGCAAAUAGCAGUUGCUGAUAAAAGCCUUCCUUAUGUCAUAAAUGUUACAAUGGGUAAUACUUGUGUAUAUUGUUGCUGAGUGAAGCAGGAAAAUAUUCUGAGAUCCACUGCUGCAAUAGUAGUGGAUCUAGUAGUAGCAGCCUGAUGAUUAUAACAUUGUGAAGGUAGAAAACAUUUUGUUGGCAUAAAGAAUAAUAGGUCUUCAUCUUCUUACCUUAAAGGUGGUUAAGUACCAAAGAUGAUACAAAAGAACCAGUGCUUUUCUGUGCUCAGGAUGGGCAUCCAGGCUAUUUCUUCUAUUACUACAGUACUCAACAAUUGCAAUUUUUGAUGAAUUACUCUUCUGCUAAUAUUUCUGCUUAAAGUAUUUGAAAAAUAUUCUCUUGCUUAUAGAAUCAAAAUAUAUGGUCUAUUGUGGUAUUUGUGCAUCUGUAGUGCUGCUAGAUGGCAAAAUUACAACACUAGGAAAUGCAUUUAUUUGUCCUUUACAGAGCAACUUAUAAAGGAGGUAGACAUAAGAGAAUGUGUACCUUAUUGCUUUCCUCUUCAGAACUUUGCUGUCUCUGAAUUUUUUCUAGGUUGUGCUUACUGUGAUUUCUGUUAACGGGUACUAAAGAACUUAUGCUGAAUCUGACUGUAUUCUUGGAAUGUUUAAUUAAAUGUUUUAUGAAAAUGUAUUUUGUAAAUAGAGAAAAAAUCAUAAAGAGACUGAAUUGAAUAUUUGUUUUCCACAAAUUAGAUAAACAGAGUUUUAAGUUGUUUUGGGAGGAGAAAGAUUCCCCUUCAGGUUAGGUGUUAGCCAGAUUUUAUUUAAGAAAUGGAUGUUGCCACAACACUGUUAGCGUACCUGUCUUUCUGUCUGUGGAACUCCAGAACUGAAAAGACCUGGAGCUGGAGGCUGUCUUCUUAGAUGAUACUGCCUCUAAUCAGUAUGUACUCUGUUAUGCUUGAGGCAAGAGCUUCAUUUUAUCUAACAGAAAUAAAUGUCAAAAUACUUGCUUUAGCUAAGAAGUGAUUGGUUGUGUUGUUUUGGUGUACCAAGCCAACAUUUGGAUAGCUGUAAAGAGGCAAGAGAAAAAAGUUAGCAGCCUGUCAGGAUGUCUCAUCCUGUGACUAAAUGUCUGUACUCACCACUCUACUACCUGGUGUUCCAAUUGCUGUCGUGCCUACCCAGAAUGAGAUGCCAGGUGAGCCUCUCACUGGCUAGUUAAGAUGUAAACUUCUGGAUCUUCUAAAAAGAACUGUAGGGGAAAUGUCACUGCUUUGUCAACCACAACAGAUGAUCAGUUCAGCCUGAGUGGAAAUGAUAGGCUGCACAAAGGUGCAAAGUAAAGGAGUGAAUUUAAAUGGUGUCUUCUGCAUACUCACAAUAACUUAGAAUUGAAAGUGGAUUUAUUCAAUUUAGGCUGAUUCUGGUAAGUUUUUAUAAAUAAUGUGCUAGUUUUUCAAUCAUCUCUGCUGUUAUUCAAAUCAUGGACAAGUAGUUUUUUUUUUAUCUUUAAAGUAUUUAAGAUUCAGUACUUAUUAAUAUUACAGUAUUAAUUUCAGCUGAAAUUCUCCUUUUUGUACUCCAGCAAUCAGUAUUUAACUGAUUUUAUGCAUAUCUGAGUCAGCAGGUGAUGGCAUUAAAAUGAAGAGAAAUUAACUGGACCUGUGAAUAGUACUGGACGGCCGGUAUCUUUCAUGGAUACUUCUUGAGACUUGGAAACUUUCAGUUUACUUUAAAUAUACAUUCUCAUUUACCUGCUUGUGUUAAUAAUGAGCUAUCAGUAUGUACAAGUACUGUGUAACUGAGUACUCAUAAUUUCUCUGUACUGGUAUUUGAAGAUACCAAUUCAUGUGUUCUUGUGAGUCACUUCAGAACUGAGAAAAACUGGUUCACUUAUGGCCCUAAAAGAGGAAGGCAAAAGUCCAAAGCGUAAAAAUACAAUGGAAAAAAAUUACAUUAUAGCUUUAUUUACUAUGAAGACUUGUCAACUCUUUUGUCAACAGCACUGUUACUUUUGUCCAGGUAUUCUUUUAAUAAUCAUUGCCAUGGAAACGCUAUUCUGUUGCUCAGAACUAUCUAUUACAGGUAAUGUGAAAGAGUGGUGAGCAGCCUGAAGGUUAUGUCCUUGUUGAGAGAGGAAUCUCUGCUUAACAAUGUGGGUUUUGAGGCGAAUAAGGAAGAAGUUGAGCAAUGGAAUAUUUCCAGUGGCUUAAACAGGAAUUUUUCUAUUGAAUAAUAUUUUAAAAAGGAGUGUAAGAGGGUGCACUAAUUCUGGGAGUCCUUGGCAUCAUUAGAGUAAGCUUCACUGUUUCAAACAAUAUAUUGCUAAGAAGCAAAAACUUACUUACUUUCCUCUAAACAUGCUUAAGAUGGGCAGUCUUUGACAAUGUUAAAGAACUGAAGUUAUUAUUAAUUUGACAGGUACUUCUGAAGGAAAGAAAAAAACAUGUUUUGCACAAUGCAGUGCAGCAUUCAGAGUUGUUGAAGGAUUUAGCAUUUAACAAGGCUCUUCUGUAACUAUAGAAAUAGGAGUGGAUAAGGGAAAUGCAGCCCAGUAGGUAUGUCUGGCCAUGAGAAGAUUGACUUGAGACUUGCAGGUUGGAAGAAUGCCUCACUAUUUAGACAAGUAGAGUUCUUUAACUGUAAUAUUUGUAUUACUGAUCAAAACAGGAAAGAAAAAUAUGAAGUUGUCUUAGCACCAUUAAAAGUAUCAAAUACCAUUUAUCAAAUGAUGGUGUUUCUGAAUCAAAUUUGAAAACAUCAGCCACUGAGCCCUUAAACCUAGUAUAAUACUGAUUCAUUUAUGGAUUAUGGUUCACUUGCACUCUUCUAUUUCUUUUCCUAAUGCUUUUUAUACAGGUGGGAAUAUCUCUUCCUUGAUGAAAAAGGAAGCAGUAUUGUUAUUAUUUGCCUUAAACCAAAGAACUGUUUAGACAAACAAGAUUGAAUGGAAGGGAACACAAAAUGUGCAUCAAUAAAAUAAUCUGUAUUGAUGAAGGAUCUUGCAAUAGGAAAAACAAAAUUACCAGAUUGGGGUUAGAAUGAGACACAUGCUAUUCUGGUUUCCAGUGAGUCUCUAAAUCAUGUCCACAUCCACUGUUGGUAGAAUUCCUCAAGCAAGCAGAUUUUUUGUUGUUGUUUUGUUUUGAUUUUUGUUUAAAGAACAUUAGCUUUUGGUGGAGAUGGGACUUUUUUUGUUCCCCAUGUGUGUUUUGUCUCCUUGUGUGGUGAACUCAUGCUCUCAGCUCAGGUUUGAAGGAGCAACACUGCCUGCUAAGUAGUAAGUCACAUAUUCUCAGAAAUGCAGACUGCAUUUUAGGACUUGAGAAGCAAAAGCACGUUGACUUUAAGGGCAGGAGGGGAUACUUUGAAAUAGAUUUAUAAGACAAAAAGCUUGACAAACUAAAGUUGAAAAAUAAACCUGUGAAGAUGGUAAAAAAUAACUGUUGGAUGAGUGGAAAAUAUUAGGAAAUAUUAGAUGAUUUUUGAAGAAAUUUUACAUAUUAAAACUUAACUCAAAAUUACUUCAAAACUUUACUAAACAAAUGUGGAAAGGUAAAAAGUUAAGAGGAAGGUAAGAACAAAAUAUUACUGAGAUUGGGUUCUCUUCAAAAUAGUUCUUGAAAGUAAGAAUACGGAUAUAUGACCACUGGAAAUGUUACCUACCUGUAUGAAUACUUGUGGAGGGGCUUCUGCACAAAGAUCAGCAACCUAGCCUACUUUGUGUUGCUGCUAGCACUGUGAUACUGUUGGGAAAAGAUGGAAUUUCAAAAAAAAAAAUACAUACAAUUGUGCAAAGGUGUUGCUUUAGCCUAUUGUGGUCCUGUACUAAGUGUAGCAUAAAGGAAGAACUUUACUAGGAGUGAUGAUACCAGAGUACAAACUGUACCCUAAAUCGUAAUUCUUAGAUGGCAUUACUUGGUGUGAUUUAAUCAGCCAUUAACUCAGGCAGUUGGUGAUUAACUGGAUGUUUGAAAACAGUCCAUUUCACAAAUGAAGUUUUUCUAUCAUAAUGGUGAAGAAAAAAAUAAACGUGAAAAAAGGGAGAUUUCAAUGGUUCUGCAUGAAGUAACUUCUCAUCCACCAACAUUCCCAAGUCCUGCUCCUCAGAACUGCUCUCAAUCACUUCUCUGCCCAGCUUGUGUUUGUGUUUAUGAUUGCUCUUACCUGUGUUUAUGAUUGCACCUGAAAGGUGCAGGACUUUUCUCUUGGCCUUGUUGAACUUCACAAGGUUCACACAGAGCCACCUCUCAAGCCUGCCAAGGUCCCUCUGGAGGGCAUCCCUUUGCCUUCAGCAUGUUACCACACCACACAGCUUGCUGUUACUUGCAAACUUGCUGAGGGUACCUUGAUCCCACUGUCAUGUUGCCAAAGAGAUGUUAAACAGUGCUGGUCCUGAUACGGACCCCUGAGGAAUGUCACUUGUCACUGGUCCUUGCUUGGAUUUUGAGCCAGCAAUGAGCCAUCUCUGAGUGUGACCAUCCAGUCAGUUUUUUAUCCACUGAGUCAUCCACCCAUCAGAUCCAUGUCUCCUCGGUUUAGAGAUGUCAUGUGAGACAGCAUCAAAUGCUUUGCAUAAGUCCAGGUAGGUGACAUCAGUUGCUCUUCCUUUUUCCACCAACACUAUGAUACUGUCAUAGACAGCCACUAAAUUUGUCAGGCUCAAUUUGCCCUUAGUGAAUCCAUGAUGAUGGUUACCCACCAUCUCCUUAUUUUCUAUAUGCCUUAGCAUAGUUUCUGCUCCUUCAUCUUGCUGGGCACUGAAGUGUGGCUGACCUGUAGUUUCUCAGGUCAUCUGUUUUUAGACCUGGGGGUCUUAUUUCCCCUUUCUCAGACAGUGUGCACCACAGUCUUGCCACUACUUCUAAAACAAGGUGCAUAGUGGGUUAGUCACUUCCUGUGAAAGUGUCUUCAGAACUUGCAAAUGUAUCUUAUCAGGUCCCCUGAACUUGUUCACCUCCAGAUUCCUUAGCUGAUCUUGAACCUCAUCUCUUAUUGUUGGCAGUUUGGCUGGGGUGGAACUAAUUUUCUUUGCAGUAGCUGAGUAGCUGGUAUGGGGCUGUGUUUGGGAUUUGUGCUGAAAAUAGUGUUGAUAACUCAGGGAAGUUUUUUAUUGCUGGACAGCAUUGGGACCUAUUCUGCUGCUUGUACUGCCCUGCCAGCAUGGACUUGGGGUGUACACAGAAUAUUGGGAGGGAGACAAGAUAUUGGGAGAGGGAACACAGCUGGGACAGGUGACCCUGACUGAUCCUCAUCUUUUUUCCAGUCACCAUUGGAUUGUAAGAAGGAUUCUAAAUGAUAACCAGAUAAGACACUACCUAAGGCAGAGUGUAUUUUGGGAUGACUGGUGGUUUUUUGUAUUUACCAAAGCUGUUCUGCAGUUUUGAAUCUUGCCUUGUUUCCCCUGUAACUUUUCUUCUUUCAGAAAGAACAUUUUACUUUGCAGAGCCAGUACAGAGAGAGAGAUGCUGGAAACUUGCAGCACAUGGUAAAUAAUAAGAUGGCUUGAAUUCCUGA